AAUUUCCUAUAUAUCCUUUUUCCAUUUCUUUAUUUUGGUUAUACGUUGGUUCUCUUUUCUAAUUUGAAUGUGAAGAAGUCAAUGGGGUCAAUGGGAGACUCGGAGGUAGUGUUGUUGGGGUGGCGACUAAGCAUGUUUGGUGCAAGGGUGAAAAUUGCUUUGGCUGAAAAAGGCGUCAUGUAUGAGUACAAAGAAGAAGACUUGCCACACAAAAGCCCUCUUCUUCUCAAGCUCAACCCGGCUCAUAAAAAAAUUCCAGUUUUGAUUCACAAGGGAAGAUCUCUAUGUGAAUCCAAAAUCAUAGUCGAGUACAUUGAUGAGUCGUGGAAGAGUAAAUCACCAUUGUUGCCUUCAGAUCCUUAUUUCAGAUCUCAAGCCAAGUUUUGGGCUGACUAUAUUGAUAAGGUUAUAUACGACGUUGGGAUGAAAUUCAUGGCGGGUCCAAAAGGUCAAGAAAUGGAAAAAGCAAGGCAUGAAUGGUUUGGGUACCUCAAAGUGUUGGAAGGGGAGCUUGGGGAGAAACCAUAUUUUAUGGGUGAUGCCUUUGGUUAUGUUGAUAUUGUAUUGAUGUCUUACUACAACCAUUUCUAUACAUUUGAGACUCUUGGAGACUUCAGUCUUAAGAUAGAAAGUCCAAAGUUAUUUGCUUGGGCUACAAGAUGCAUGAAAAGGGAGAGUGUUUCCAAGAGUCUUCCGGAUCCACACAAGAUUUAUGAUCAUACAAUCAUAUACCGAAAGAGCAUUGGCGUACAAGACUAGUUCGUAUCAAAUCGUGGUGUUUGUUUUAUGUUAUUAGGAAAUAAAUUCAUAUGUUGUGGGUAGCUUUUCACGAGUUUUUGUCCAUAGUAGGGUUAUAGACAAAACUAUUUCCCAUUCUAG